AGCUCCAACGUUUGCAUCACAGACCUAAUUUGCUCUAAAGAAGCAGAAUCGAACCCGCUAGGUAAGCAAUAAGUGAAGCACUCCUGAUUGUGUGGUGCUCACUGCUGCUCUGGGUUUCAAGACCUUCAACGGAAGUUUGUCUGUUUUUGUUCUUGGGGCGAAGAGAGGACCGAUGUCUUCGGUAAGUACAUCCGAGGCGGAGCUAGAGGCUCAGUUCGCCAGCGCUAAGGCAUACCUUAUGCAGGCGGACAAGGAUGGUGUCAGCGCCUACGACCAGCUAACUCGGCUGAUGGAGCUUCUCCUCGAUAGUAACCCUGAAAACGUUGCGAAGGAUCCUUCGAAACUGCAUGAGAUUCUGAGCUUUAUUCAAACGCACAGCUUCGCAUGCGGGGAGAGCACCACGCCCAGCAACGAAGCCUCACCUCUCACAGCAGAGGAACUCCAGCGCUUUCAGGAUAACAAGAAGCUCUUCGACCAACUUGCGCCGGAAGUACGCACUGUUAUCGAGCAGCCGGACCCGUAUACCACCAUCACCACCACGACGAUGGUCCCUUUGAAAGCACCCUCCUUUGAGUCUGUGGCUGCCCAAAACAAGUACUGGACUGCUGCCGGCUGCGGAAUGGCGGAGGAGGAAGCCUUCCUGCUUGAUCGCUCCAUUACGAACCUUGCGAUGGAGAAGAAGUUGAACGACAUCAAAUUUGCUGGAAAAAUUUUUGGAACUCACGGCGACUACUUCGUGCUGCGUACCCGGCGUUACGUCGAGGCGGGUGAGAAGGUGUAUGUUGAGGUCAACACGAUGCCAAAGCCGCUGCGCAAGAAAGGGGUGGUGCCGGUCCAACCGGAGCCGGGGUUUGUCGGCACCAACCGGUACACGUUCUGGGUGACGACCGCACCCUCGGCAGCGUGGCAGAAACUGCCCGACGUGACGCCGCAACAAAUCAACGCAGCGCGCGAAGUCAAGCACUUCUUUACGGGCGACCUUGACGCGCCUGUCUCCGUGACGUUUCCUUGGAGCGAGGCAGUGUUCCUGCGUGCGCAGCUGGCCCGCAUCACCAGCGCCACCUCCAUCGCUCCGCAGGGCGCCCUGGAGGAGCCGGAGCCGCCAGUGGAGUCGGAAGAGGAGGAGGAGGAUGGAGAUGCGGAGGAAACAGUGGCGCGGCCGCCUAAGGAGGCCAAAUACCACCCUUUUACGGUGCCUGUGGCAGACUUUGGCGAAGAGGAGAUGGACGUUGCUCAGCUGACGAUAGACCGCUGGGUGCAUGCUGGCGGUUACCUUUACCCGAACGGGCGCGAGACGAAGGUCCCCAAGCGGGAGGAGCUGGAGGAGGAGGAAGAGGAAGAGCCCGCGGUGGUUGACCCUGAGGACGACCCCGAGGCGGCGGAGGACGAAGAAGAGCCAGCUGAGGAGGAGGAGGAUGUCGAGCUCUUCGCACCAAUUCAGAACGACUAUCUGUACGCCGUCGUGGACGUUCCGCAGCCGCCACCCGUCGUUGACGACGAGGAUGAGGAGGAAGAGGACGGUGGCGAGGAGGGCGAGGACGGCGAGGAGAAAGAGGCGGGGGAGCCCGACAACACCCCUCUCAAGCAACUCCGCAGCGACGACGUUCCCGAUGACGACCCCAGCAAAAUCAAAAUUCCUUGCUGGACGAUGCGGGUGGCAAACAACGUUAGCAAGGCGCACCGCGUAGCAGUGGUGCAGUCUCUCCGCUGGCCUGGUGCCACGGCGUUUGCAGCGGAGGGCGGGAAAAAGUGGGGAUGCGUGUACUUCGGCAACGGACUGAAGAAAACAGACGCGGCCUACACGCCACCACCCGCGGCGCCGGUGCAGCCCGAAUGCGCGGACGUCACCGAGGUUGCCGAUCCCACGGCGACGGUGGAGAAGCUCGUGCGCCGCGGCGAAGAGAUCCCAGAGGCCGACAGCGAGGCUGACGUGGAUGAGCUGGAAGAGGAAGAGGAUAACUGA